AUGCAGAGGCACAGCCACCCCCACCUCCACCCCAGUACCUAUCAAAGAAAACAUUUUGAGAGUCAUGGGAACCUUCUCCAGUUUGACCAGCAAACCUCUGGUCGUAUUUCCACCUUUCCUACUCUGAGGAGAUGGAGAGGCAGCGGGUGGGAGGUCGCACACUCAUUGCUUCAGCAAGAAGACUCCUUGAAAAUGCCCAUCAGAGGAAGCUGGAGGGAUUCUGCAGGAUCCUCAAGUUGCCAUCCCAAGAGUAGUCAUCCAAAGGAUUCUUUUCACUUACUGUCACCCUUGCGACCCCAAACAUGGUUGCCUUCAAAUCCUGAAGGAGCCAUCAAUACAGCCAACACAAUCUGGCCACAAGCAAAGCCGAGUGAAGAGGACGACAUUGCUGCCCAUCAGCCUGGCAGUAAGGUAUUCCUCCCAGGGAGGAAAGAGCCACAUUGCCCAGCCUUACCAUACAACACCUAA